AUGCAUGUUGCCAACCCUCAUGGAUGCCAGACUUGUGAGAAGAUCAAAAAUGUUUCCAGUUCGAGUAGCUUGAGUAUAAGUCGGACUCCAACAAGGAAUGAUGAAUUUAAAAGAAGGAGGAAUCAAAGAAGGGAACACGCAAGGGCUGCAGCUUACGCAGAGGAAAGACGACGAAUAGCUCAAAUCUUGUUACAAGCCGAGAAUCGUCAGAAAAAAUUGGACUCUCUAUAUUUAUGGGCAGCAAUUAUACAAUCACUAACCGUUCUAUUUGUUGUCUCAAGUGCAAUUCUUUCUUUCGUAUACUCCAAAUCCAAUAUUAAGUUCUUUGUUGCGCAGUUAUCUAUUGAGGUUAUUCUUUUGAUAGCGGUGUCAAUUGCAAUAACAUCAACACGAUACGCAUGUAGAGUUCUCCACUUGAUCGUUUAUAUCGUAACUAUACUAUAUGACGUUGGAAAUAUUAGUACAGUUCUGGAAAAGAAUGAUAAGAACUUGCUUUGUAGAACUGGUCAUUAUUGUUUUUUGCCCACUAUAUCUCUUGAUUCAACUACCCUCCAUGCUUCCGAAUUUCUUUUGAUAUUUCAUGUCAUCAACUUUUUCAGUGCAGCAGUGUGCUGUGCCUACUUUGAAGGCAGCAUGGAUCAUCUGAAAUCGACAGGAGAUGGACAGCAAAUUAUCCGAAAUUACGUGGACUCGUUAAAUGCAAAUCGAGCUCUGAGAAAUGAUUCGACUAAGAGCCAACCACCCAAUAAAAAGAACAAGAUACCAUUUUCAUCGUUCCAUGAGCACGCUCCUACUACUAAACCAACUCAAUCCCCAUUAAGAGCAAACAAUAAAGUUGCUGCUUAUCUCAACUCGCUUCCUUCAUCAGAAUCAGUACAGAACAAUAAUGUACCUACGAGUACACGCAAUAUUGUUAUAAUGACACCAGUGAUUGAUGAUACGUGGAGUAAAAUUUUAAAAAGGGAAAGCCAAGGGAUCACUCCAAUUUGA